GCGGUGCGUUCAUUAUCAGCCGGAACGUAAACAGCGUCGCUGCUUUUCACGCUUUCCGAUAAAAAUGUUUAAAUCACACUGUGUUAAUUAGAGCCCAAAUCAAAAUCAAUGCGCCUGUGGACGCGAACGACUCGAGAUCGUGUGCGCGUGAAUGCGGAUUGAGUAGCGACUUUAACGGAAAGCAAAAUAAAAACAAGAGAGCGACGAGUAGCAGAGUGCGUGAGAAGGCGUGAUUUGUGAUUUUUGGCCCGUGAACGAAUCACGAGCAAAGCGGAUAAACAAAAGCCAUAAAAAACAGAUUCGCACGAGAAUCGAAGAAGUCUGUGCGAGUGAAUUACAUUCCGGAAUUGGAAUUGUAAUUGGAACUGAGUUUGGAAAAGACAAGUCCCGUCCCCCUGGAAAUCGGCGAGCAUCCGCCAUGGACGACGAGUUCAAGCUGUGCUGGAAGAACUUCCAGGACAACAUCGCCAGCGGCUUCCAGAACCUUUACGACCGCGGCGACCUGGUGGACGUGACCCUCGCCUGCGACGGAAAGCUCCUCCAUGCCCACAAGAUAGUCCUGGCCAUCUGCAGCCCCUACUUCCAGGAGAUCUUUACCACAAAUCCCUGCAAGCAUCCCAUCAUCAUUCUCAAAGAUGUGAGCUUUAACAUUAUGAUGGAGCUGCUGGAGUUCAUGUACCAAGGCGUGGUGAAUGUUAAGCACACUGAGCUGCAGUCUUUCAUGAAGAUUGGGCAGCUUUUGCAGAUCAAGGGUCUGGCCACCAAUUCCAACUCCUCCCCUGGAUCAAGUGCCUCCGAAAAGUCCUCUAGUCAGCCCCCAGCGGAAGAGUCGAACAACCCCAACAGCACCAACCAUCACAACUCCAACUCUAAUAGCAAUAACAAUAGCAAAACAGAAGCAGAUCACAAUGAAUCCAAGGGACAGAGCAAUUCAAGGACCACUUCGCCAGGUUCUGCCAGCAGAGCCUCCAACGACGCCAGCCACCUGUAUACGUCCAGCAAACGUCCGAUGCCGGCGGAUUUUGGCAGCGAUUCCCUGUCCAUCUAUUCCGGCAAGCAGCUAAGGCGCUCCCUCAAGCAUCAUGGGUCCGGGGGAAGCGAAGGCGGCGGUGGCGAGAAUGCGGAUAGUGGAUCUGGAUUGGACAGCGCCCUGAAUGCAGAAGAGUUCUUCUUGCCUCCCAUUCCACACAUUACCAUGGGAGAACAGCGAUACGAUCUCGGAGCUCUGAAACGCGAGUCCGAUGGCCACCAUCAUGGUCCAUCGUCGAGCGGUGGAGGCGGAAGCUCGAACAGCGUGGGUAGCCUCACCUCCUCGGCCUCCCCGUCUGCAUCAAUCCGGAAUCCCUUUGCCCCGACCUUCCAUUUGGACAACUACAACUUCUACAAGAGCAGCAAUAACAGUGGGCCCAGUGGCAGUUCCAAUAACUCGGUUGGCCCCGGAGGGAUCAAUAACAAUGGACCCGUGGGCCUUGGCUCCGGCACCGAGUACCCCAACGAGCUGUACAUGCCCAACGAUUACUCAAAGAACUUUGCCAACCACAUGGAAAUUCCCCAAGGCGGCAGCAACAUGGUGAUGCUGUCCACCACCUCGCUGCUCCACGGCAACUGCGUGUUCAACCGCAACAACACGGUGGCCACGCAGCAGGGCAUGAAGACGUACUGGCUAUGCAAGUCCUACCGGAUCAGCAUGUGCCGGGCGCGGUGCAUCACCCAUCUUGGCAGGAUCAUCUCCGCCACGGGCGUCCACAACCAUACGCCGCACAUGCGCGGUGGUCAGGGAUCUUCGGCAGCUUCGUCGGCCUCAGUUUCUGGGAAUCCUUCAGCCUCUACGCCAAUCCCCAGUCAGGCGGGCUACUCUCUGACGGAUGGUGGUGGCCACCUGGGCUCGGAUCUGCAGCACGGCAACCGAGUGAGCAAUAUGUUUGCCAAUCAAACGCCUCCACCGCCACCGCCGCCUCCGCCACUUCCAGUGACAUCAACGCCGCACCACCCGCAUCAUCAUCACCACCUCGGACAACCGCUGCCGAAUCUCCUAGUGCAGCAUCACCCGGCGCCGCCGCACAUGGACCAGCACGGCGGCUCGGCGAACCUCAUGCACAAUCCUAACCUGAUGCACCUGCAGACACAGACGCACCACCAACAGCAACACCACCAGCAGCACUCGCCGCACAAUCCACCACCACCACAGCAACACAAUCUGGAACUGGGAGGUGGCUCAGGUUCGGGAGCAGUGCUCCUUUCGCCGGCGCACCUGCAGCAGAGUCCGCUGUCCAACCGCAGCAGCCACUCCCUCCAGGCGCAGAGUCCACCUCCACAGCCAGUGGAGGAGCAGCAGACACUCCAGCAGCAGCAGCAACAGGAUGGAGCCACCGCGGAGGGGGCCACGGAUCCCAGCGCAGCUCACGUGAUCAACUCCAUUACCAUAUCCCCCAACAGCAGGCACACCUUCAAAAUGGAGAACAUGUAAGGCUGUCGCCGGGGAUUCCCCCACAGUCGCCACACUGCCCCAAAAGCGGAGGAGGAGAAGGAGGAGUAAUUUAUUUUUGCCUAGCUAGAGUUUGUAGUAGAAAAUUGAAUUUGAUUCGAAAAUGAGAGAUAGUAACCAAUGUAAAUACCCGUACCGAUGUGCAUAAUGUAUUUGAUAAACUAAUGCGAAACGAUAAACCAAAAA